CUCGUUCGGCAAACAACUCUUUUUAGAGUUUCAAAAUUUUACAUAUUUCUAAAAAUAACUUACAGUUCCUGACCUUUCGUAACCUUUGCAUACGCUCAUCGAUUCCAAAACUUCGCUAAAAUAAAUAAAUUUUGAAAUCGUUAGUUUAAAAGCAUGUCGUGCAAUCGUUCUUUUGGACCUGGCCCUGGUGCCUACAAUCUGCCCAGCACCUUUGGGUUUAAGAACUGCGACAAGAGGAUGCAGCGAAGUCCACAGUUCUCAUUUGGCAGAUCGUCGAGGGCGUGUAAUAGUCCUAGGAUACCGCAGGGACCCGGCCCAGCAGAUUAUCAUGUGGGCAAAAUAACGCGAUAUGGACGUCCUGCAUCGGAGGACUUCAAUGUUUAUCGUCGUCGCUAAUGGGUUAAGGAAUUUGUUUAAGGAGUAGUAAAUAAAUGGAAAUAUUUAACUAAGCCCAAGUGGGCUGGGCGUAGAUUAGUGGCUACUAAUGGCAAAUUUGCACAACAGGUGUAUUGUGUUCUUAUCAAGUCUGUCAGCGCAAUCAUCUAUUUGGUGACGGAUUAGCAGAUUUUUUGUUGAGCAAUUACUCGGUUAUUUAUGCCACACGUUGACUAUAAAUAGCUGCCCCACACUCUCCUUCCAUAAAGGAAAAUCAAUUUUCAGCAUAAAGAACGAGAAAUUCAUCACAAAUUGGUCGGGGCCAAAUUUAAACGGAAAAAAGGAGAUGCAAUGAAACGGAAAAUGUGACUAAAGGCUAAAAGUCCAUAGCCCGCUUAUCGGGGCCGCGGCACACUCGUUUUGCCGAGUCUUUAAGCCAUGUCUUUAAUCUCCAUCUCACCCAUCCCUUCACCAUCCUUUCCAUAUCCAGGGGAGUGCUAAUAAUAAAGAAUCCCAUGUCAUGGCUAAAGCUUUAAAGCCAUGUGUGUGCGGCUGAGUUUGGUGUUAACAAAAACUAUUAACAGUUCAAUAC